AAAAGAAAAUAAGGAAAAAGCUCUCAAAGUCGAGAGCUUUACUUCGAGAGAGAUAUCGACAAUGGUGGAAAAGAAGAAGAAGAAGAAGAGCAGCGACGAAGACGAAGACGAAACCUUCUACUACCGAUACGCCUCAGCCCCGGAGACUCGAAAACCCGCAACCAAGCAGAGCGGGUCGGGCUCAGGAACCCUAGCUCCAUCAAAAUCGACCCUUUACGUCUCAAACCUCGACUAUUCUCUCACCAACUCGGACCUCCACACCCUCUUCUCCCACUUCGGCAAGAUCGCCCGAGUCACGGUCCUCAAAAACCGCGAGACUCGCCAGAGCCGCGGCGUCGCCUUCGUCCAGUUCGUCUCGCGCACCGACGCGGUCUCGGCGGCGGGUGAGAUGCACGGGAAGAUUCUCAACGGCCGGAAGCUCUCCGCCUCCAUCGCCUCCGACAACGGCCGAGCCCCCGAGUUCAUUAAGAAGAGGGAGUACAAGGACAAGAGCCGGUGCUACGAGUGCGGUGAAGAAGGGCAUUUGUCGUACGAGUGUCCGAAGAACCAGCUGGGACCCAGGGAGCGGCCGCCGCCGAAACGAGUGAGGAGAAGUGGCGGCGGUGGUGGCGGAAGUGCGGCGCGUGUGGAAGAGGGCGAGGGGGACAGUGGAGGUGAGAGGUUUGAGGAUGAUAAUUGGGCGUCGGUGGUGGAUAGUGGAGCCGACCAGAGGUUGCUGGUGGGGGAGGAGUUGGAGGAGAAGAAGAGGAAGAAGGGUGUAAAGAAAGCUAGUUACUUUAGUGAUGAGAGUGACAAUGAUGAUGAUUAGUGAUUAAUGGUUUGGUUGAUUUUGUGAUGUGGGUUUUACUUGGAAUUGGGUGAUUUCAACUGGGUCAUUCAAGGAGACUGCCGUACAUUCAUCUUCUAAUUGAUUUACUCGCAACGCUGUUGCAAUAUUGUUGCUGAUGGCCUGGAUCACUUUUGGCUCUAGUGACAGAUAUAUACUUCAAAAGAAGGGCCAUUAUUGGUUUGUAAUUGUAUGAUUGCAGUUUCUAAUAUAUGAAUUCCAAACGUUUCCAAA